AGGGAAACGAAAGCAGUGAGAACUGUGUUAUAAACACGGUCCAGUUACUGCAGCUGGACUCGACAUCCAGCUUGAAGCUUUUCCAGACGUUCUUAGAGGAACUGCAGUCAUGGCUUCCCUCCGCAGUCUCCUGUCUGAAGAUCAGCUCCUUUGCUCCAUCUGUCUGGACGUGUUCACUGAUCCAGUCUCUACUCCAUGUGGACACAACUUCUGCACGGUCUGUCUCAGACAGCACUGGGACAGCAGUUCACGCUGCCAGUGUCCAGUCUGUAAAGAGGAAUUCUCCAGAAGGCCUGAGCUGCGUGUGAACACGUUCAUCUCUGGACUGGCUGCUCAGUUCAAGAAGUCAGUUCAGGUCAAAUCCAGCAGAGUUCCAGAGAAACGUGCAUUCAAACCUACAAAGGUUCUGUGUGACUCCUGCAGUGAGGAGGCUGUAAAGUCCUGUCUGGACUGUGGAGUCUCUUACUGUGAGACUCAUCUGGUGCCUCAUAAAACUGCAGCUAAACUCAAGAGACACAAACUGAUGGACCCUGUGGAGAACCUGGCGGACUACAUCUGCCAGAAACAUGAGAGACCCCUGGAGCUGUUCUGUAGAGACGACCAGAUGAGUGUGUGUCAGUUCUGCGCUGAGACAGACCACAGGAACCAUAGCACUGUUCAUGUAGAGGAGGAGAGUGGAGAGAUGACGACUCAGCUGGAAAAGACACAGGUAGAAGUUCAGCAGAUGAUCCAGGACCGACUGAAGAAGAUUGAGGAAAUCAAACACUCUGUAGAACUCAGAAAAAAAAGCUCAGAGAAGGAGAAAGCAGACAGUGUGGAGGUCUUCAGAUCUGUGCUGCGCUGCAUUGAGAGAAGCCAGGCGGAGCUGCUUGAGGUGAUGGAGGAGAAGCAGAAAGCAGCAGAGAGGCAGGCUGAAGAGUUCAUUAAAGAGCUGGAGCAGGAAAUCACUGAGCUAAAGAGGAGAGACACUGAGCUCGAGCAGCUCUCCCACACUGAGGACCACCUCCAGCUCCUACAGGUUUACCCGUCCCUCUGCAGCCCUCCACCCACCAAGAACUGGACUGAGGUCAGGAUUAACACUCAUCUGAGGGUGGAGACUCUGAAGAGAGCUCUGAUUCGGCUUCAGGAAGAGCUCAGUAAGGAGAUGGAGAAGCUUGUGGCGAUCCAACUGAAGGAGGUUCAACAGCAUGCAGUGGAUGUGACUCUGGAUCCUGACUCAGCUCAUCCUAAACUCUUUCUGUCUGAUGACGGGAAACGGGUCGCAUGUGGAAACACGGAGCAGAAUCUCCCCGACACCCCAGAGAGGUUUGACUAUGAUCUCUCUGUGCUGGGAAAGGAGGGGUUCUCCUCAGGAAGAUUUUACUAUGAGGUUCAGGUCAGCGGGAAGACUGAGUGGGAUUUAGGAGUGACCACAGAGUCCAGUAACAGGAAAGGGGAUAUAACAGCCAGCCCUGGAUACUGGAUGGUAUGGCUGAGGAACGAGACUGAAUUUAUAGCAGCAGACUGUCCCCCUGUCCCGCUCUCCAUUAAACGGGCUCCCCAGAAGGUGGGGGUGUUUGUGGAUUAUGAGGAGGGUCUGGUCUCCUUCUAUGAUGUUGAGGCCAGGUCUCAUAUCUACUCUUUCACUGGUCAGUCUUUCAGUGAGAAGAUAUAUCCAGUGGUCAGUCCCUGCUACCAUUAUGGAGGUAAAAAUUUAAAACCACUGAUCAUCACAGCCGUUAAACAGGAAAAAUGAGGUUCUUUUGAACGGUAACAAGUACGUCAGAACAAACCUUGAACAUUUCAGAAAAAUCACCAUGAAAAAAAUCUCGGCAUACGUUAUGCUGUAAUUGAAUGAAUAAAAAAGUAACAAUUAGUAAAAACAUAAAUGAACUUUGGGCUUUUAACCAAUGACUUUGUGAAGGCCACAGUGACUUUUUCAAUAAUCAAAGGAAGUCAGUAAGUCACCCAAAACCACUUGCACAAAGGCCCAGUCCCAUUUCACCCCUUGCCCCUAACACUUAGCCCCACCCCUCUGUUUUGCGCAUUCACGUCAAGGGGUAGGGUUGUCCUGAUUGGUGUUAAGAUGGAGGGGGUAGGGUGAAGUAUUGGGGCUAUUUGGCCCUUCAAACAGAGAUUUUUCAGAGGCGCACUACAAACUGAGAAAAUUUCCACAAUGCCCUGCGGAUCAUCAGCAAGAUGGAUGCACAAACAACCAAAGAUACACAUAAAUUUCAGUAUUUCUCUGUUUAAAAGCCGCUGUGUUAUGUUUUAUGGUCAUUUCCUUCAUAACACGCAUAAAAAUCGCUAGUAAUACCUUGACUUCCACUACCUGGCGAAAUUUCCCGUUCCACCUUAAAUGGUGCAGCAGUUAUGUUCUGGUACAUGAGGUUGCUGCACCAAUUAAGGUGGAACGGGAAAUCGAUCAUAAAGCGGGCGAUUAGAAAGCUAAGUUCAGCUUCAUAUCAUCGAAGAAGCCUUGGUGGUGAUAAUAAAUAAUUGGGGGCAGUCGUGGGCUGGA